AUGCGGAGGAUCGACCGAUCGCGUAACAUUUCUCUUUUUUACGAAAGAAGAAGUACUUUAUUUUUAAGAUUUUAUCUAUCUAUCUAUCUAUCUAUCUAUCUAUCUAUCUAUCUAUCUAUCUAUCUACAAGAGCCACAUAAGACAAAGACAGACCAUUGCUGCCAUAAUCUUCACUUGUCUGUUCCUAUCUAUCUAUCUAUCUAUCUAUCUAUCUUAGCCUGUUCAUAUCUAUCUAUCUAUCUAUCUAUCUAUCUAUCUAUCUAUCUAUCAGCCUGUUAUCUAUCUAUCUAUCUGUUCUAUCUAUCUAUCUAUCUAUCUAUCUAUCUAUCUAUCUAUCUAUCUAUCUAUCUAUCUAUCUAUCUAUCUAUCUAUCUAUCUAUCCGUUUUCAUAUCUAUCUAUCUAUCAGCCUGUUCGUAUCUAUCUAUCUAUCUAUCUAUCUAUCUAUCUAUCUAUCUAUCCGCCUGUUCAUAUCUAUCUAUCUAUCUAUCUAUCUAUCUAUCUAUCCGUUUUUCAUAUCUAUCUAUCUAUCUAUCUAUCUAUCUAUCUAUCUAUCUAUCUAUCAGCCUGUUCGUAUCUAUCUAUCUAUCUAUCUAUCUAUCUAUCUAUCUAUCUAUCUAUCUAUCCGCCUGUUCAUCUCUAUCUAUCUAUCUAUCAGCCUGCUCAUAUAUAUCGAUCUAUCUAUCAACAGCCAGAUCAGAUCAAAAAUGAACUGCUACUAUCUAUCUAUCUUAGCUUGUUCAUACUUAUCUAUCUAUCUAUCUAACUAUCUAUCCAUCUACAAGAGCCACAUAAGACAAAAACAGACCAUUGCUGCCAUAACUGGCCUGUUCAUAUCUAUCUAUCUAUCUAUCUAUCUAUCUAUCUAUCUAUCUCCGCUGGUUCAUAUCCAACUAUCCCAAUAUGUUCAUAUCUAUCUAUCUAUCUAUCUAUCUAUCUAUCUUAGCCUGUUCAUAUCUAUCUAUCUAGAUAGAGAGCGAGAGAGAUAUGAACAGGCUAAGAUAGAUAUCUUAGGCUGUUCAUAUCUCUCUCUCUCUCUCUCUCUCUCUCUCUCUCUCUCUCUCUAUCUAUCUAUCUAUCUAUCUAUCUCCGCUGGUUUAUAUCCAACUAUCCCAAUAUGUUCAUAUCUAUCUAUCUAUCUAUCUAUCUAUCUAUCUAUCUAUCUUAGCCUCCUGUUCAUAUCUAUCUAUCUAUCUAUCUCCGCUGGUUCAUAUCCAACUCUCUCCGCUAGUUCAUAUCUAUCUAUCUAUCUAUCUAUCUAUCUAUCUAUCUAUCUAUCUAUCUUAGCCUCCUGUUCAUCUAUCUAUCUAUCUAUCUAUCUAUCUAUCUAUCUUAGCCUGUUCAUAUCUAUCUAUCUAUCUAUCUAUCUAUCUAUCUAUCUAUCUAGUUCUAUCUCUAUCUAUGUUCAUAUCUAUCUAUCUAUCUAUCUAUCUAUCUAUCUAUCUAUCUAUCUAUGUUUUAAUCUGCCUCUUUGUCCCAGUCAGUUCAUAUCUAUCUAUCUAUCUAUCUAUCUAUCUAUCUAUCUAUCUAUCUAUCUAUCUAUCUCAUUCUAUUAUUAUCUACCCCAGUUUUCGUUCAUUUCUAUCCUUGUAUCUAUCUGUCUAUCUAUCUACUUAUCUAUCUCUCUGAGGUUGUUCAUAUCUAUUUAUCUAUCUAUCUAUAUGAAAAAUGACAAUUAUAUAAAAUAG